AUGGACUACAUUCCCAUGCCAUACAUUGAGGAGACAUCAGAGCGCAUAAUCUGCCUCAAUGGCGAGAUCAAUGACUACAUGUCGGCCUCCAUCGUCGCCCAGCUACUGUGGCUCGAAUCCGACACGCCCGACAAGCCAAUUACCAUGUACAUAAACUCUCCGGGCGGAUCCGUGACAUCUGGCAUGGCCAUCUACGACACAAUGACCUACAUCAAGUCCCCCGUGUCGACCGUCUGCGUGGGCGGCGCCGCGUCCAUGGCCGCCAUCCUCCUGGCGGGCGGCGAGCCAGGAAAGCGCUGCGCCCUCCCGCACAGCUCCAUCAUGAUCCAUCAGCCCCUUGGAGGCACGCGCGGUCAGGCUUCCGACAUUCUCAUCUACGCCAACCAGAUCCAGCGCAUACGCGAUCAGUCGAACCGUAUCAUGCAGCACCACCUGAACACGGCAAAAGGCCACGACAGGUAUUCGCUCGAGGAGGUCAACGACAUGAUGGAGAGGGACAAGUACCUCAGCGCCGAGGAGGCGUUAGAACUGGGUGUCAUUGAUGAGGUUUUCAGAAAGAGGAGUGAGAAGGACCCCAAGGAGAGCGAGGGAAAGUCAGCCGACGGCAAGCCGGAUGAGGCUCCGUCAAGAAAGGAGUAA